GAUAGUUUCACUGCUACUCUCGACGCCAGCCAAUUCGCAAGCCUAUCUGAAAGUAGACGUCCGCCCUGCGCCAAGGCCAAAACAAGCUAUGAUUCGAAUUUGUGGGCCCAAGUUUUCCAUGUGCUGCUCCAUAUUGAGCGUAUGGGGCAUCAUAAUGCUGGUCAUUAUGGGCAUAUUCUUAUUCACGCACAGCGUGGCCUUCGCGGAAGACCUGGGAAUCGAGGCGGAACACAUGAAGAAGCACGAGUUUCUGACCGAGGCCAACCGGCGGUACACUCAGGCGGCGUACAACUGCUGGAUUGCGGCUUGCUUGUAUGUCGUGACACUGGCAGCAUCUGUGCACCAGAUCUACAUGAACAGAAGGGCACAGCGCGCCUACUAGAGAUAUAGUUCCCUGCACUUUUAAUUGUCGCUUGCAUCGUUUAGGCAAUCCCCUGAAGUCUGCCUCAAACUUCAGCGUGUGUCUCUUGUGAUUUAAUGCGGAUCAUAGCCAAGGAAAUCCAGCUGCUAGUCUCCUCUGUAAAUAUACAAUAAAGGAUGUACAUAUGUGUUUUUCAUUAUA